CAGGAAAUAAAAUUAGAAAAAGGAAAAACCAAAUCAACCGAAGACUCAACUGAAGUCGCUGUUUCGUUCUCUCCUAAACCAGAUAAACUGUAGAAGUACCAAACUAAAGUACAAGGAAGCCGCAGGUUCAAAUCCCGGUCAAUUUUAUUCCUGUCGAACUGCUCGCAGCUCCAGUUAGCAAAUUCGAAAAAUCUUUAGAUGACCAGGAUGACGAGAUUUUGGUGGUGGGUUUUGUCAGUGGUGUUAAUCUCGAGCUUAAAAGGGUCUCUUGGGAUCAGAAUAGUGAUAGACAGGGAAGAAUGCUUAGCCCAUAAAGUUGAAUAUGGAGCCACUGUUCAUUUCUCUUUUGUGGUGAUUAAAACUGAGGGUGCUUGGAAUUUCAAUACCGAAGGAGUUGAUCUAGUGGUGAAAGGACCUACUGGUGAACAAGUUCAGGACUUCCGAGACAAAACCAGUGAGAAGGGCGAGUUCACUGCUUACCAUGAGGGAGUUUACCGGUUCUGUUUUACCAAUAGGUCCCCAUACCAUGAAACGAUUGACUUCGAUGUGAUGGCAGCUCAUUACAUUUACCAUGACCAGCAUGCGAAAGAUGAGCAUUUUCAACCAUUAUUUGAGCAUAUUAGUAAGCUAGAGGAGGCUUUGUACAACAUUCAGUUCGAACAGCACUGGCUGGAGGCUCAGACUGAACGUCAGGCCAUGGGUAUGGCUUUUCUUAUAUAUUCUCAAAAUUAUGCUAGAGAUUCCUCGUAAUAGCUGUGAUUUUAUCUACUACAUCACAACUAUAAUGACAAGUCCUUCUAGCUUUACUUAACACAACAUACCCGUAUCCUUUUCUUAUUGUUGCUGUUUUUGACUUGGGAUUAGAAGUUUGUGUGUUGUGCCAAUGCUCAUUUUCACAGUAGAAAAAAAAUUAUAAUGUGGAGUUAGCAUUAAAGUCCCGUGAAUUUUAUGAUGUUGAGUUACGGUAAAAAAGUUAACUUCUAUUUGGGCUUUGGGAACACUUAUUUAACUUCGAAAACAUCGUAAUUUACCUUUUUGUGUAGCAUGAUGCAUAACGUUUAAGUAUAUCGACGGAGAAUAAAAAAAUUCACUCAUUACUUUUGGCUUCAGUAUGCGCUUGCCUGAAAUUAGGCGUAUUUCAUUGACUUAUCCUUCCUUUUUGUGAGUUUCUGAAGAUAUAAUAGAACCGAUGUCCUACUUGUCCCUUAAUAAGUAUAUAUACUCAACCAGUAUGCGAAAAUGAAGUAACUCAGAGUAAAAGCCUAUGUUUAGCUAUGCUUUGUUCUUUAGCUUUUUGUUUUGCUGUUGACCAUCUAUAUGCUUUUGCAGUAAAUGAGAAAAUGAGCAAAAGAGCAAUGCACAAAGCUUUGUAUGAAUCAGCGGCCCUAAUUGGUGCCAGUGUUCUGCAAGUUUACCUGUUGCGAAGGUUAUUUGACAGGAAGCUUGGAAUGUCCAGAGUGUAGAGUUCAGUUUUCUAUCAGAGCAUAUUUGUAUUGUAGCAGAAAGUUGGAAAUUAUUAAGUUAUUGACUUUGUUUUACCAAUUUGUGCUCUUUUCACGGAAGCAAUAAACAUCAAAUGUUGGCCGUGCUGUAUAAACUCACGAGAAUUUUUUACCAAUUGUGCCUGAAAACUGCGUUGUCUUUUGCUGUCCUGAGCAG